GUACAGUUCGCAAGGAGAAUUAGGGUUAGUCGGAAGUUUAUUACUUUUUCAGUGCAAAGAUGGGGAAGACACAUGGAAUGGGAGCUGGUCGCAAGCUAAAGAGUCACAGAAGGCGACAAAGAUGGGCUGACAAGUCUUACAAGAAAUCUCAUCUUGGAAACGAAUGGAAGAAGCCAUUUGCUGGUUCUUCUCAUGCUAAAGGCAUUGUCUUGGAGAAGAUUGGUAUUGAGGCGAAACAGCCUAACUCUGCCAUCAGAAAGUGUGCAAGAGUCCAACUUAUCAAGAAUGGAAAGAAGAUUGCAGCUUUUGUCCCCAAUGAUGGUUGCUUAAACUAUAUUGAAGAAAAUGACGAGGUGUUGAUUGCAGGAUUCGGACGUAAAGGGCAUGCUGUGGGAGAUAUUCCUGGAGUUAGGUUUAAGGUUGUGAAGGUUUCUGGUGUCUCUCUUUUGGCUCUUUUCAAGGAGAAGAAAGAGAAGCCAAGAAACAUUUUCAGGAUAUCUUUCAAAUUGAGGGUCACCAGUUGA